AGCGGAGAGCGCGGGGGAGGCCGCACCGGAGCACCCGGUUGGUCAGGCUGGAGGGGCCCGAGGCGGACGUGAACAGGGUUUGACCAAGAUGGCGGUGCAGGUGGUGCAGGCGGUGCAGGCGGUUCACCUCGAGUCUGACGCUUUCCUAGUUUGUCUCAACCAUGCUCUGAGCACAGAGAAGGAAGAGGUGAUGGGGCUGUGCAUAGGGGAGUUGAAUGAUGACACAAGGAGUGACUCCAAAUUUGCCUGUACUGGAACAGAAAUGCGCACAGUUGCUGAAAAGGUUGACACUGUCAGAAUUGUUCACAUUCAUUCUGUCAUCAUCUUGCGACGUUCUGAUAAGAGGAAAGACCGAGUAGAAAUUUCUCCAGAGCAGCUGUCUGCAGCGUCAACAGAGGCAGAGAGAUUGGCUGAAUUAACAGGUCGCCCCAUGAGAGUUGUGGGAUGGUAUCAUUCCCAUCCUCAUAUAACUGUUUGGCCUUCGCAUGUUGAUGUUCGCACACAAGCCAUGUACCAGAUGAUGGAUCAAGGUUUUGUAGGACUUAUUUUUUCCUGUUUCAUAGAAGAUAAAAAUACAAAGACUGGCCGAGUACUCUACACUUGCUUCCAAUCCAUACAGGCUCAAAAGAGUUCUGAGUAUGAAAGAAUUGAAAUCCCAAUCCAUAUUGUACCUCAUGUCACCAUCGGGAAGGUAUGCCUUGAAUCAGCAGUAGAGCUGCCCAAGAUCCUGUGCCAGGAAGAACAGGACGCAUAUAGGAGGAUCCACAGCCUUACACAUCUGGACUCAGUAACCAAGAUCCAUAAUGGCUCAGUAUUCACCAAGAAUCUGUGCAGUCAGAUGUCAGCAGUCAGUGGACCUCUUCUACAGUGGUUGGAAGACAGAUUGGAGCAAAACCAACAGCAUUUGCAGGAGUUGCAGCAAGAAAAGGAGGAGCUUAUGAAAGAACUUUCUUCUCUAGAAUAAAGAAGACAAAAUGAGGAAAAAUGAAGUUAUUCGUGUAAAAUGAAUUAAGAUAAACCAAUUUUGAAGAAGAAAAAGUUGGAGGACUCAUAUUACCUGAUUUCAAGACUUACUAUAAAGCUAUAUCAAUCAAGAUUGUAUAGUAUUGGCAAAGGAAUAAACACACAUACCAGUGGACCAUGCCCAACUGAUUUUGAUGAAGUGCAAAAGCAAAUCAAUGGAGGAAGGAUAGCUUUUCAAACAAAUUAUGCUGGAACAAUUAUACUCCCCUGUGGAAAGAAAAAUACCUAAAUAUCUCACCUUUAUAAAAGUUUUAGCUCAAAACGUAUCAUGAACUUAAAUGUAAGAUGUAAAACUAUAAAACUUUCAGGAAAAUAUCAUAGAAGAAAAAAUUGCAGGACCUUGACAAGUUCUUGGACUUCAUCUCAAAAGCACAAUCCAAAAAAAAAAAAAAAAAGAAGAAGGUGAUGUAUUGGAUGUCAUCAAAAUUAAAAACUUUUGUUCUGGGGCCAACAUCGUGACACAGUAGGUUAAGCUGCUUCUUGCAAUGCCAGCAUCCCAUACCAGAGCACUGAUUUGAGUCCUGGCUACCCCAUUUCCAAUCCUGCUUCCUGCUAAUGUGCCUGGGAAGGCAGCAGAAGAUGGCCCAAGUGCUUGGGGCUCUGCCACCCAUUGUGGGAGACUUAGUUGGAGUUCCUGGCUCCUGGCUUCAGUCUGGCUCAGCCCCAGCAAUUGCAGCCAUUUGGAGAGUGAAGCAGUGGAUGGAAGAUCUCUCUCUUGUCUCUCCCACCCCUCUCCAUCUCCCCCUUUCUCUGUUACUCUGCAUUUCAAAGUAAAUAAAAUAAACCUUUUUAAAAAGUUUGUAAAACUUUUGUUUUAUAAAAAGGUUAAGAAGAAAAGACAAACUACAGAUUUAAAGAAGGUAUUGUUGCCAAGUAUGUAUCAAUCUUGAAUAUAUAAAAUAUGCUUGAAACUCAACAAUAAAAAACAAUCCAGUAAGAAAAUGGACAAAAGACAUGUAUAGACAUUUCACCAAAUAGGAUAUGUGAAUGGCAAGUAAGCACAUGAAAAGAUAUUGAUAUUUAUCAGUCAUCAGAGAAUACAAAUUAAAAUCACAAUAAGAUGUGACUUAAAACACCAGAAUGGCUAAAGACAAAAUAGUGAAAAUGCCAAAUGCUGUUGGAGAUACAAACUGGAUCUCUCAUACAUUGCUGAUAGGGAUGCAAAUUGGUGCAGUCACUUUGAAAAAGAGUUUGACAAUUUCUUAUAAAGUUAAACAGUUAACAUGUGACCUAGCAAUUGUACUCCUGGAUGUUAUCCCAGAGAAACCUAUGUUGGCACAAAAACAUGUACACAGACAUUCGUAGCCCAAAUUGGAAACACCCUAAAUGUUCUGCAACAUGUAAGUAGUUCAACAAACCAUCUGUACCAUGGAACGCUGUUCUGCUAUGAUACACACAGAACAACUUGGAUGGACCUCAGGAGUGUUUUGAGUGAAAAAAAAAGCCAAUCUGAAAAGGUCAUACUGUAUGAUUGCAUUUAUACUUAUAUAGCAUUGUUGAAAUAAUAAAAUUAUGGAAAUGAGGAACAGAUGAAUGCUUGCCAGGAAUAGGGAAUGCAUGACUAUAAAGAGAUGACACAAGGAUUACCUUUGUCCUGAUGGAAAAGUUCUUUAUCUUGAUUGUGGUAUUGAGUAUGUGAAUACAUACCUGUACUAAAAUUAUGUAGAUCUACACUCAUACAAAUGAAUGCAUGUGGAAUCUAGUGAAAAAAGAAUAAAUCUGUAAUCUAGUUAGCAUUAUUACAUAUAACAUUGUCAAUGUCUUGAUUUUAAAAUUGUAAGACUGCAACAUGGGGAUAAACUGAGAGAAGGGUACAUGGAACUCUGUACUAUUUUUUAACUUCCUGUGAGUCUAUAAUUAUUGCCAAAUAAAGUUUAAAGUUUUAAAUAA